AUGGACAGCGUCCGCACACCCGCGACACCCAUCGAAGGCCGCUUCGGCUCAAUCCGGUCCAUCCUCAAGGACAAGAACACCCCGGCAACGGGCCAGAGCGUUCGCUUUUUCUCGCGUGACGCCUAUAAGACUAUCUCGCCGGACGUUUCCGCUGCAUCGACGUCGGAGAUGGAUGACACGCCGCUCAUCGAGCGGUUACAGGAGGUCAAGACGUCUGCCAAUGGAGACAAGGUCACACUGCCGCGGUCUGGGACUCGCAAACCACUCGCACAUGACUUGUUCGCACCACCCGAGGAGGGGACCACAACGCCGCCUAUGAGCCCUACGGACUCGAUCAAGCUCCAAGGUGGCUUCACGCCCCUCCCUCCGCCCGAAAUAAGCGGCAUCUUCGACCUUACAUCUCGUGAUCUACCGCCCAUCCCCACCACCGGUGUGCCUAUGCUAGACGACGCCGUCGAAGUCUUCGAAGGCGACUCGUCCCGCGACUCGGGUUUCUCCAUGGCUUCGUCCAGCCGCUCACAGACUUCGCAUGCGUCAAGCGCUCCCAGUCGCAUGCAGGGCGAUGGGAGCAGCGGCGGACCGGUAUUCACGGCGCCAAGCCACGACCGCUCACACUCGUUCUCGUUUGGCUCGAGCGUGUUCCGCGCGCCCGAGCCGGCUACAGACGCGAGUCGCUUCUCCGCCUCCGCACUGGCCGAAGCGUACCCUGGCCGCCCGCCCUCCCGGAACCGCGCAAUGAGUGAUACAAUGUUCCAGUCCCUCCUCCGUUCAUCUACACCUCGCCCAGAGGCGGACAUCCGCGAUACUUCCAACGCUUCUUUGGUUCUCGAACCCAAACGCCAGUCGUCGAAGCUGAAGAAGAAUAAACCCCCGCCCGAUCCGUUCAGUGCCAAUGCUACGACGUAUUACACGCCUGGCACUGUCUUGCCGCCGAGUCCGCCGCAGAUCAUGCACAGAAGGACCGCGAGCGUCGAGGAGGAUGCGCUCUGGCAAUUACGGACGCAGUUGGCCGUGCAGAUGGAGAUGGCCGCGCAGUACGAAGUCGAUCUGCGCGCUCGGGAUGCACUCGUCAGCGCGCUGACCUCUAGCAAAGAGGCGCUGGAGCGCGACGAGGCUAAGCGUACGAAGGUCAUCCGCGCGCUCAAGCGGAAAUGCGCAGAGUUCGAAGGCAUCAUCGGCAACCUCCAGGAAGCCGUUGACUCUUCGCGCGAAGAGAGCUUCGAGCGGUCAAUGAUGGACGCCGCGUCUGACGCUGCGCUGCGCGAGAUGCAUUCCAAGCUUAGUACCCUGACAAGGGAGAACGCCGAGCUGCAUCGGGUCGCGGAGAAGGCGCGGAUCACGGAAGAGGAAGCGUUGGGGAAGUUGAGGCAGAAGGAGAAUAAGGAGAAGGAGAUGGCGGAUGGAAUCGCCGCUGCUCAGGAGCAGAUCGAACUUCUUACGGCUGCGGCGGCUGAGGGCGAUACGGGCAAGUUCAGCCUGCAUUCGGCAAAGUCGCGCAAUUCGACCGGGGCGGCGCAGGCGGAGUGGGCGGAUGAGCGCGCACGACUCGUUCAGGACGCUGCGGCGUUGACGAAUCAGCUUGAUCGCACGCGUGAGACGCUGUUGAAGCGCGAGGACGAGCUCAAGGAGUUGAAGGCGGAGCUUGAGGCGCAGUGGAAGAACACGGAGGUCAGCGGCGAGACGAUCGAUGGCCUCAAGCGGGAGAAGGAGGAACUUCUCGUUCGCCUCCAAACGAUGGAAGCCGCUGUACCGUCCGCUCAGGCCGACCACGAACAGCUUGCGGCUUUGCAGCGCCACAACGAGAAGCUUCAGACCGAGAUCGCCGAACUCAAGCAAUGCCUCGACGAUGCGCGGGCCAACGCCGGCAAUACGUCAGCCGAAGAAGACAAGGAACAGCUUGCAUCCCUCAAAUCCGAACUCGAGGCUCAAUGGCGCCACGCCGACGUCUCGGACGAGGAGAUUGUUCAACUCAAAUCUGAGCGCGAUACGUUACAAGCGACCAUCGCCGAGUUCGAGGCGCGCGUGGAGAACCUCGAGACGGAGUUGGACGCCGCGCGCGAGGAGCUUGAGCAGGCUGAUCAGCUCGUGGCGGACAAGAACGAACUCGAGCAGCAUCUCCGCGAUGAGCAGGACCGCGUCGACGAGCUCACGGUCGAGCUUCAGGCGCGCCAGGACCACGUUGAUUCACUCGAGCAGGAGCUCAAGUUCGCGAAGGACAGCACGGCCAUUGCCGAACGUAACCUCUCCGAGCGCAACACGGAGAUGGAGCAUCUGGCGCAGCGCUUCGUCAAGUCCGAAGACGACGUUGAAGAUCUCCGCGAGCAACUCUCGUCUGCACGUCGUGAGGCUGAUCGCGCGAAGGAGGACGCGAGACGUACGGCGUCGGAACUCGAGACCGCACAGAGCGGCGUCAAGAUGCAGAUUGAGGAGGCCGUGAGGGAUAAGGCUGCUGCCGAGGUCGAGGCGGAAAGCCUGAGGUCCCGUGUGGAGAAGAGCGAGGCGGAGGUCGAGAAGCUCCGUAAGACGGUGCAUGUGUUGCGCCAGGAGAGCGCGAGCAAGGAUCUGGAAUUGCAGAAGGCGCAGAAGGAGAGGGACGAUGCUAAGGACGACGUUUUCAACAUGAAUCUUGCGCUCGAUAGUAAGCAGCAGGAACUUGAGAUGGUCAAGCGCAAGCAGGGCACUCAGGCGUCUGCCGCACCAUCAGCCAGCGCCCGUGCAUCGCUCGUCGGCCACCGGCGAGACUCGUCAGUCCCGUCUGCCACGCCCGCCUCAACGUCAGCAUCCCGCCCCUCAUCUCGCCUCUCGGAGACGUCGUCCGGCGCCGAGUCCGAACUCCGCAAAUCGGUCAUCCGCGCUUCAUCAACCAUGACGACUCCUAAGCCCGCCACCUCGGCAGCUGCAACGCGUCGCCUGAGUACACUCACGAAGAGCACCUCCGUGAACGCCGGCCUCAGCACGCCAACGCCCGCGGGCCUCAAGAAGCCUCGGGUCGACGGCGCAAUGGGUCCGCCGCCUUCGCAGCUCAAGCCCCGCCCCUCGGGCACGGGAACCCCGACUACGGGACACUCACGCGUACCGUCGCUACAACGUUCAACUGCGACUCGCCCUGGCGUUUCAACACCAACGUCGGCCGUGAGGAGAACGAGCUCGUCGGGUUCUGUAACAAGCAAGCUGUCGGGCUUGAGGAGUCCGCCGCCGGGGCCGGUCAGGGAAGAGAAGGAAAAGGAGAAUGUGGUCGUUGAGGAGAAGGAGCCGGUGCCGGCUUGA